ACAUUCAAUAUAGAAAUAUAUAAAUUUCUUUGGUAAUCAAUACUUUCAAUGGCCACUGCAACAAAACCAGAUACUAAACGAUCUUAUUCCAGUUGGUUUGAAAAUUUGAAUGUUGAAAAGAAAGUAGUUGAAGAUUCAAGAAAUCAAUCAUUUAAUAAUCGUCAAUUAGUUAAAGAGACAAUAAUUGAUGCAGAUAUAAGCAGUGCAUUUGAUAAAUUUCAAACAAACACUCAUUUAUCUGAUCGUAUAUGGACUGUACGUCAAUGGCGUGACAAUUUAAUUAAUCGAUUGAAUCAACUUAAACAAAAAGCAUCACAAUUAAAAGCUGCUCAACAUGAACUAGAAGAAUUUAUGGUCAAGUUAAAUGAUUCAAUUGAUGUAAACAUUGAAUGUUUAACACAUUUGGAUCAUAGACGAGAUGAUGAAAAUAUUAUUGAUCCAAUUUUUGUAGAAUUGAACAAGGAACAUGAUUUAUUAAAACAACUACACACGGAUCUUCAAAAUCAAAUUGAUGAAUCAGUUCGUUUGUUAGUAGAAAUGAAUGAUGUACAAAAAUUCUUUUAUUCAGAUAUUUUAAAUAAAAAUGAUGCUGUACACAUUGAUACAAAUGUUUUUAAUAUGAAUGAAAAUUCAUCAUGUGUUAGUUAUAAACCAUUUUGUGAACGUUUACCAGAAAAUCCAAUGGAUUUACAAACAUGGGAGAAUAUAAGUGCUGAAGCUUUAGAGAAUGCUGAAAAUGUCAUUGAUAAAGCUAAUGAACUCAUACAUCGUAUGCAUAAUAAUCUACAUAAAGCCAUCAAUAACAUGGCUAGCAAAGCAAGUCAAGUAAACAAUGCACUCAAUUCACGUAUUUACGACACACAGAAAGCAAUCGGUGAAAUUGAAUAUCAAAUUAAAUGUACUGAAAAUGAAAAAGAUGAACUUUUAAAAGAAAUUAAACAUUUAGAAGAUACAAUACGCGCGAAAAAAGCAAGUUUAAAAUUAGCCGAAACACGUCUGGAAAAACGUCAUGAUAGAUUGGGCAAUGAAAAUAUACAAGAUAAUCCACAUUUAUGUUUGUUAGAAGAGAUUUCGAACUUACGCAAAUCUAUUGAUCUAUUAGAAGGAAGACUUGCAAAUUCUAGAGGUAUACUACAAGAUUUACAACAUAAAAUUUCUCAACUAUCUGAUGAUCUACAACAUAAACGUAAUUCUUUACAAAUUUAUGAAGAAAUUCACAAUAUACGUAAACGUCUUGAUUAUGCUAAAACUAUUGAUGGUGGUGUGAAUAGUAGUAGUAUUAAUAGUAGUACUACACUGACAACAUGUCCAAUGAUACCGAAUGGUAUUGUACGUGAAUCAGUUGUAUUUUAAGAGAAGGUUGAGAAGACUGUGUGUGAGAGAGAAAGAGAAUACAUGAAAACCACAAAAGAAAAGAAAUUUAUCUUCAUGUUUUUAGUUAGUUCUUUCAAGAUUUUUGCCAUUAUGCGCAGAGUAUCCCAUGAUUUAUUCUCUUUGACCAGUAACUUUAAUUUUUUUCUUUAUUUUAUUUUAUUUUAAAUUUCUUUGAAUAUAUAUAUUUAUCUUUAUUUGAUUAUUUAUUAUUGAACAAUUGAAUGACCCCAUAUCUGUCUGUGAUAAUGAGACUGACUGAUUUAGGUUUAAAACAACAUAUAUCAUCAUCGUCGACAGCAGGAGCACCAUUUUGAUUUAAUAAUUUGGCACAACAUAUAAAAAAUGAUCUCACUAAAUAUGUCUUUCUUGACAAAAAUGCACACAACAAAUCAAAUAUAUCUAUAUAUAUUAAUUAUUAUUAACAUUUUUCUCUUUUAUUUUCAAUGUAAAAUCACUUUCUGCACCCAC